AUGAAUCAACUCGUUGCGACGACAGCUUUACGAUCUCUGCUUGUCCGCGGCGGAGGAAACUGUAACAUGGUCGUGAGGUCUGUUUCGGCCGCCUUCGUGGUGAAAUCUCCUGAGGACAUAACUAAACCGAUGCGAAUUCAUGAUUGGCGCGGCGGUUUUGGCUAUUUUAAGAUCGAUUCGAAGCAUGUGCAAGAGAUGAGUUCUGCUUCGGCUAUGGAGAAGAAGGAUGAAAAGAAAGAUGAAAAUCCGAAGGUCGAGGCGGUGAAGAAAGAUCAAAACGACGGUGGAUCGGUGGCGGUUCCGAGUUAUUGGGGAAUAGAGACAUCGAAGAUGAAAAUUACUCGGAGAGAUGGAUCGAACUGGCCUUGGAACUGUUUUAUGAGACGAUACGGAUGCAGAGCAAUGAUGCUAGAGACAGUAGCUGCUGUACCAGGAAUGGUCGGAGGAAUGCUCCUCCACCUAAAAUCAAUCCGGAGAUUCGAACAUAGCGGCGGUUGGAUCAAGGCGUUGCUCGAAGAGGCAGAGAACGAGAGGAUGCAUCUAAUGACAAUGAUGGAGUUGGUCAAACCCAAAUGGCACGAGCGUCUUCUAGUGAUGCUUGUUCAAGGGAUUUUCUGCAACUGCUUUUUCCUCUGUUACGUGAUCUCGCCUCGCUUGGCUCAUCGGAUUGUUGGAUAUUUAGAAGAAGAAGCUAUACAUUCUUACACCGAGUUUCUUAAAGACAUUGACGAUGGAAAGAUCGAGAACGUUGCCGCGCCUGCGAUUGCGAUUGAUUAUUGGAGAUUGCCUAAAGAUGCUUCGUUGAAAGAUGUCGUUACUGUGAUUCGUGCUGAUGAAGCUCAUCAUCGAGAUGUCAACCAUUUUGCUUCCGACAUUCGCAAUCAAGGAAAGGAACUGCGAGAAGCAGCAGCUCCCAUUGGUACGACUGCAGAUGAUCUCUAUCCACUAUUCGCAAAGUACGGAAAGGUCGUGGAUGUCUUUAUCCCCAGAGACCGAAGGUCCAAUUUCGUCUUGUCCCUUUUCUACAAUUUGCUCUAUCCUCUAGGACUGGUGAUUCGCGUGGUUUUGCAUUCGUUCGCUACAAGUAUAAGGACGAAGCUCACAAAGCAGUGGAAAGGCUUGAUGGAAGAGUUGUCGAUGGCAGAGAAAUCACUGUUCAAUUCGCAAAAUAUGGCCCGAAUGCUGAAAAAAUUUCUAAAGGAAGAGUUGUGGAACCACCUCCAAAGUCACGAAGGUCAAGAAGCCGUAGUCCUCGAAGGAGCGGUAGUCCGCAUAGACGCCGUAGUCCUCGGAGAAGCCGCAGUCCCCGCAGGAGGUCUCGAGAUGAUUACAGGGAAAGAGACUACCGGAAGAGGAGCAGGAGCAGAAGCAGGAGCAGGAGCUAUGAAAGACGUGAAAGGCAUCAUGAUAAGGACAGGGAUCAUCGCCGGCGCAGCAGGUCUCGUAGUGCCAGCCCUGAUGACAAACGAAGAUGCAUCUCCUGCUCGCCGCAGCUUCAGCCCUAGAAAAGCAUCUCCUGAAAGGCGAAGCAAAGAGAGGUCUCUAUCUCCUGCUCGCCGCAGCCGUAGCCCAAGGAGUCCCUCUCUGCAAAAGGCUUCUCCUUCUAAGGAGGAGCUGUCUCCCGAGAGGAAGAGCAAUGAUAGGUCCCCAUCUCCUCCUUCUCCUCGGGACAAAGCUCGUAGUCAAUCUCCUUAUGCUGAGGAAUGA